AUGGUACAGAUUGCAGAAGUCGGUUGCAUGGCUGCUAAGAUUCAAACAGUACAUCUUAAGCCGUUAUCCAAACGGUCCAGGAUUAGAAGUACAACGUGGUCCUCUAAAGGUAAAGAGAUUGAAUCGGCAACCCAGGAAAUAAUUAAACUUACCCAACGAAGUUCAUCUAUCAACGAGAAAACUAUGAGAGAGAGAUACGCUAAACUAUGUCCAGUCAUCGCCGGAGGAAUUGUGAGAGUUGGUGGACGUUUGGAUAAAUCAUCGCUGCCGGAAGAAUCUAAACAUCCCGCAAUUCUUGAUUCCAGUCAUCACGUUACAAAGCUCAUUGUCCGGUAUUACCAUGCAAAGGAAGGUCACGCUGGAACCAGUCAAACUCUAGCAGCAAUACGGCAACGCUUCUGGAUAAUAAAGGGACCUAGCACUGUGAAGAGUAUAGUCAAUAAUUGUGUUCCGUGUCGUCGCCGAAACCAGUCUCCAGGGAAGCAGAUAAUGGCCCCACUGCCAAAAGCUCGUGUGAAAUCUGGUGAGUACCCGUUUUCAUCUGUGGGAGUCGAUUAUUUUGGACCUCUUAAAGUCAAAUAUAAAAGAGGAACUGAAAAACGAUAUGGCUGUGUAUUCACUUGCUUAGCCAUAAGGGCCAUACACAUUGAGAUUGCACAUGACCUAUCGACAGAUUCCUUCAUUCAAGCCGUAUGUAGGUUCGUCAGUCGACGCGGACCGCCGAAUGAGUUGUUCAGUGACAACGGGACGAAUUUUAGAGGAGCGGAAUCUGAAGUUAAGCAAAUGUUGCAAAAUUGGAAUCAAGCUAGAAUAUUAGAUCGUCUAAGAGAAAGGGAAUUCAAUGGCAUUUCUCUGCUCCGAAAGCAAGCCAUAGCGGGGGAGUUUGGGAGCGCAUGA